AUGCUGGCCAUGCUUCUGGCUCUGGCCGCGUCGCCCGAGGAGCUGGAACUUGUCAUGAUCUCCGUCACUUACGGAAACGUCCCGCUGAAGAGCUGCCUGACCAAUGUCGUUUCCAUGUUCCACGUGCUCGACAAGGAACUGGAAUGGCGGAGAUCCCAGGGUAAGCCUGAAGGCUUCGGCGGACUGAAGGCGUACAAACCCAUUGUUGCCAUUGGACCCGAGCAUGCUCUGGAAGAAGAGAUUCUUAUGGAGGACGGGUUUCACGGUACUGACGGUCUGCACGGCGUUCAUGAGGCUCAUCCCCACUUGAGCCCAGAGGAGACGUGGAAAUCUCUCUUCGAGGAUGGUGUGCCUCGCCCAGAUGAGGACCCCUCCUAUUACACCUACUUCACCCCUUCCAAGACCCCAGCACAUAAGGAGAUCUUGCGAAUCUUGAAGGAGGAGCCCGAAAACACAAUCACCAUCUGCUCGGUCGGUCCCAUGACCAACCUGGCCCUUGCCGCUGCGGAAGACCCCGAGACGUUUCUCCGCGCCAAGGAGAUUUGCGUGAUGGGUGGUGCGGUCGAGGUUCCCGGCAACAUCACUCCGGUUGCCGAGUUCAACACCUACGCCGAUGCGAUCGCCACGGCCAGAGUCUUCGCUCUGACCUCAGCCGUCCCGUCCUCGACCAUGCCGGUCGUCCCGCAGAAGAUCGCCAACCUCCCAGCAUACCCGGAGAAGCUGUCGAAGCGUUUGAACCUGACUCUGUUCCCUCUAGAUAUCACUACACCGCAUCUCCUGAACAGGGGAUACUUUUUCGACACCGUUACCCCUCACGUGAAGGAAGGCAGCCCGUUGGCAACGUGGAUCAACCACAUAAUGGGAGGCGUCUUCCGCCAGAUCGAAAGGAUGGUUGGGGACGAUCCCGAGCCGGGGCUGUCGCUGCACGACCCCCUGACCGUGUGGUACCUUCUCACCAUAGACGACCCGGCUUGGAAGCUGGCCAAGAAUGCGCCUGAGGAUAUCCGCGUUGAGACGUCCGGACAGUGGACGCACGGAAUGCACGUCGGAGACCUGCGAGGCCGUAAGAGAGCCCCGGGAGCCGGGUCGGCCGUCGGCGUCUCGGGCGACACUGUUGCCAUUGACGAGAUCCCCGGCGACGAAUUCGGAUGGCUCAGCGCCAAGCGAGGCAACAGGAUCAACAGGCUGGCCGAGAGCCCGGGUUUCGAGAAGUGCGCACCCGAUUUGAUGAGCCGCCUCUUUGGCUAG